AUGAACCCCAGCGGGCAUUUCGGCGGGCUCGCCGAGAUCGGCGGCGCCCCCAUCAUAAUUGUCGAAGGCGAGCAGAACAAGUCGCGACUCACAGGCCUUGAGGCGCGGAAGGCAAACAUCCAGGCCUGUCUGGACGUGGCGAACAUGAUCAAGACGUCAUUCGGACCCAGAGGCCUGGACAAGAUCAUCACCACGAAGGACGGCGACUUGGUAGUCAGCAACGACGGAGCAAUUAUUUUGAAGCACUUGCCGAUCUCGCACGAGUGCGCAAAGCUAUUCGUGGACUUGAGCCGAAGUCAAGACAUGCAGAUCGGCGACGGCACGACGGGGAUCGUGAUUUUGGCGGGCGCGCUGCUUGAGCAAGCGCUCGAGCUGCUGGACAUGAAGAUCCACCCGAUCAAGAUCGCGGACGGCUUCGACUUUGCGGCCACCGUCGCGAUCGACUGGCUGCACGCGCACCACGCGGCCGUAGAACUCGCGAGCGAGACGCAGCUGCUGCAAGUUGCGAAAACUUCGCUGUGCUCGAAGAUCAUCAGUGCGAAGGCCGACCUGUUCGCGGACAUGUGCGUGCGCGCGGUUCUGGGCGUCGCGGACGUCGCGCGGCGUGACUGCUGUCUGGACCUAAUCUCGGUAGAAUGCAAGCCGGGCGGCAGUCUGGAGGAGUCGUUGAUGGUGAACGGCAUCGCGCUGGACAAAGAGUUCUCGCACUCGCAGAUGCCGAAAACUGUGAACGACGCGCGCAUCGCGCUGCUCUGCUGCCCGUUUGAGCCGCCGAAGCCGAAGACGAAGCACAAACUCGAGAUCUCCAGCGCCGCGGCCUACGACGCGCUCGCGGAGCAGGAAGCCGCGUACUUCAGCAACAUGGUGCAGCGCGUGGCGGAGAGCGGCGCGACGGUUGUGAUUUGCCAGUGGGGUUUCGACGACGAGGCAAACCACUUGCUGCUGAAAGCCGGCAUUCCGGCGGUGCGCUGGGUCAGCGGAAAAGAGCUUGAGAUGAUCUCGCUAGCGACCGGCGCGCAACUGGUCGCGCGCUUCGAAGACCUGUCGGCAGAGAGACUCGGCCGUGCACAAACAGUCCGCGAAGUCUCGGUGGGCACGGAGGACCAGCGCAUGGUGCUGAUCGAGGGAUGUCCGACGCAAAAAGCGGUGUCGAUACUGAUCUGCGGGUCCAACCGCUCGGUCGCGGACGAGGCGAAGCGCUCCGUGCACGACGCGAUCUGCACGGUGCGCAACUUGGUGGUCAACCCCGCGGUCGUGCCCGGCGGCUGCGCGAGCGAAAUCGCGUGCAGCCUCGCCGUGUCCGCGGCAGUGCCGUCGCAAGUCUCGCACCGCCAGUUCGCGGUGCAGGCGUUUGCGGACGCGCUGCUGAAGCUUCCGCAGCAGCUCGCCGCUAACGCGGGUUUUCAGGGCUUCCAGGUCGCCACCGCAGCGCGCGCCGCGCAGCUGCAGCUGCAAGACUCGAGCAUCGGCAUCGACUGCAGCUCUGGCGAGCCGCGCUCCAUGUCCGCAGCCGGCGUCUUCGAAAGCUUGGACUCCAAAGUGCACCAGAUUCUGCUGGCCACGCAGAUCGUAAAAAUGGUGCUGCGCAUCGACGACGUGAUCGAGUGUGACAAGUCGCAGCAGCUGCGCUAG